UCCGACGCCGUUACCCAUAUCGCGUAUGAUGCUUUCCAAGUUUUCGCAUUGCCCGUCAGAUAGCUCACACUUCUAUAUCGCUGACAUUGUUUUGGACAUUUCCCCCACAGUCAUAGCGGAAAUGUAAAGAUGGCGACGGGCGGAAUGUUUGCGGAAAACAGUGCUGAAUCUAAAUUAACUGCAGAAGAAGAUCGCGAACUACAAAAGAAACUACGUGACUUCGGUAAAGAAUAUAUAUCCCGAUCUGGUCGACUUGUGCCAGCUAAAAUCCAGCCAGAUGUGCUUUGCAGCUGUCCUCAGCGCUGCAAUGAAAAAAUAUCGACUGAAGACCGAAUGAAACUGUUUUCGGAGUUUUACAAACUUGGAGACCAAAUUAGACAGAACGAAUUUCUACGAGCUCACAUUAAAGCACGGGCUGUACAAAAGCGAUCACCUGACAAUAAACCAUUGAAGAGAGCAAAACGCAGAGUUAGCUGCAAAUAUCGGGUUCCUUUACUUUCGAAGACCGAUAUGCAUAUUGGGCCUGGAACAAGUCCAGCUGGUGCGAGAUUAAUAGAAGUCUGCCAAAAAGCGUUUAUGAAUAUUUUUGUCAUCACUGAGAAACGAGUUAGACUACAGCGUGAGAAGCUGAUUGUGGAAGUUAUGGGCACAAAAGCAAUUCCCCAUGUGCAACACAAAAGGCAUCCCCAUGAUGUCUUUACUACAAAUAAGCUGCCUUUGCAGUCUGCUGACGAACCUGUAGACAUGACUAUACCACGUAACACGACAGAAGUUGAUGUGACAAUACUCAAGGAGAGAGAGCAUGAUAUUGCCCUAGUGGAUAAUUUUUUUAUGAAUCAGCUGUGGAAGCCAGAGUAUAUUAACACAGCGAUUUAAAUAUUCUGUGCCUGAACCAGACACCAACAUAUUUUUUUCACUUUUCAAAGAACAACUUAUAUUUUUGGAAAUAUUUUGAUGUUCUACAAGAGGAAAACAAUGAGUUUGAUAUUUUAUUAUCUGUCAAUAUUUUCCUCAAAAGCUCACAAUUUACAAGGAAUGUACAAAUACUUAUGGUCUCAGGUUGUUGUGCAAUAUUAGGUAUGUAAAACUAUAGUAUGAGUAGAUUUUUAAUGCUAUAUGUUUCUCACCAUAUAAAGAAAUGUGUUGAUAAAGAUAGAUGUCCUGAUUGCAUGCAUCCUCAUCCUCAUUGGUUUUGUUACAUGACGGGAAUGCACUGCUCUCUAUUAAAUUUACAUUGAUGCUGCAUUCUUUAAAAAUGAAAACCUACAAGCUAUUAAACAGCAUCAGAUGCAUGGCAUUAACAGUGCUCAAUUAUGUAGGACAAUCAUGUUUCUCAUAAAAUAGUUAGGUGUAACAAGUUUUGUAGCAUCAGAUUAAAACAAAAAGGCUUGCCAAUGUUUUAUACAUCAAGAACUGAAACCAUCUCAAACUGUCUCAAUUUUUUGCAGCAGUGAUACAUCUGCCAAAUUUUAUUUAUUUAUUUAUUUUUGUAGGUAAGGUUUUUAAACAUUCAGUAUUUUAUGAACUAAGACAAGACUUAAUUUCUGUUUAUUAUGACUUGUAGAAAUUGCAGUUUGUUGCUUUUAAUGUGUGUUUAUAAACUGCCUGAUAUGCACAGACUGGAAUCAGUUGAGUUAUGUCAAUAAUUUGUAUUUUGUCACCUGCAGCCACUUACUUGGUGAAUCUAAGUAAAUUCUAAAGUAAUGACAAUUUCUCAUUCAGUAGUAGUCCAUAUACAAAACAAAAAUUCACAGAAAGUCUUAAUAAAAAUGUCUACAGCCACAAUUUUUUCAUUAUGUAUUAUUAUUAUUAUUAUUAUUAAACUACAUUAUGCAUUUCUGACUCUAUGGGUCCAUCUUCAGGUGCAAACUGUCUAACACAUCAUCUACAUUUGGUCUUGAGUGAGGUGAAAUGCAUUUUCCUGUUAUGAGAAAGUUAGACAAUAGGCUUGUAUUUUUAACCUUUCGAGGUCAGGAUGAACAUGUGCUGAAACACACUGUGUAAUUUGAUAAUAAAACAUGAGAAAAUUGUGACUGAAGGUGUUUUAUGCACACCUUCUGUGUACUGAAUAGUCACAAUCACAGCUACAAAAGAUGAAUAGUAUAUUUUUUUUUAAAAAAAGGAAAUAUAAAUAACAACUGGAUUUAUAUUUUUCUAAAUUAAGAACAGCAAUUCAACAAGUUGUAACAUGAAACAGAUCCUAAGAUUAUAACUGCAGUAUUCUUUAACUGUUGCCUAUUUUUGUGUAAGAGAAUACAUUCCUUGUUGUUACAUUUUGUAAGCAUAUAUGUAUAUAGACGUUUUAUAUUAAACAUGGUAUGAGCUGUGCUUUAUUACUUAAUUCAGACUGAAAAUACUGUUGUUGAAAAAAAGUGUUCCUUUUUAUAACACUUGCACAGGGUAACCUAAUGCUCUUUCACAGUGAUCUUUCAGUAUUCAUCAACUAGAAUCAACAAAAGUAUAAUACCUCAGCACAGAUGAAUUUAUUUUGUUUGUAUAUAAAAUUUGUGUAAAUAAAUACUAUGGAAUUAAAACUGUUGCAUCACCUACAUUUUCUGUGUAUACUAAUCUCUAAGUUUUUCUGGCUUCAGUGAAACCUGAACUUUAUUGGGUCUCUAACAAGAACCUCCACACUUGAAAAAUCAAGUCAGCCAUUUGUAGAAAUAUCUGACACCAUGAAUUCCUACUAGAUAUUUCUUUCAUAUUAUUUAACAGCUCUUCACAUGUAUGUAAAACUUCUUAUAAACGCCAGUGCUAAGCAUUUGUUGUAUUAAGUCAUUCAGUUUUUUAUAAUUUACAGGUACAAAAGCCUUGUCCAUGUUUAGUUAAUUUUGCAAUUGCUCAUAAAGUACUUUGGAAAGAAUGCCAGAAAACAAUACCAAACAUUAAAAAUACAUGAAAUGUCAUCAAUUUCAUUGUUAGGUCAGUGGAAGGUACAUUGUGAGAUAUGGAAAAUAUCUGUAGUAAACUGUGACCAGCACACAAAAUGUACUGAACUGAAAUUGAAAAUAUAUAUAAGCUACACAGUUGCGAUUAUUUAUUUAUUGCCAGACUGCUAUUGGGUGUGUACCACUCAUCAGCAGAAUCUUAUAGAUUCGUUUCUUGGCACAUGCAAAAGAUUUUUUUGACCAGCUUA